AUGAAACGCGCAACACUCGGCAACACGCUCUGGCAGGUGUGGGGAGAGCCAUUGGCAGAGAGCCUCGGACUCUACGAGCCCAAGGAUAGGGCUUAUGGCCGAUGCGAGAUCCCCUUUUCAGCAAUGGAGAAGAGACUCUACGAGAAGGAAGAUGUCGAGGUCACCUUCCACAAGGUUAUGCUCGAGAACGGCAAGGAUUGGGUGUGGUACCAGGUGUGGCAGGAUCCGGUCGCCAUUCAAGACACUGGUCGAGUUGCUGACAUGGUUUUUGUCCACGGCACAGGAGUGCAUUCAGGUACACUCGCCAGUCAGUGUCGAAGAUACCUUGACGCUGGCUUCCGCUGUAUCGUCCCCGACCUUCCAUCGCACGGCUACUCUUCAGGUCUUCACGUUUACCAGAGAGAGAUGGCUGGCUACUGUGCCGGCCUCCAUUCUGUGAUCCACGACGUUGCAAGGCGCGACCAGCAAAGUUCCCUCUUCCCCGACGUCGUACCUACCAAGCUCGAGCGACGCAAGACCUUUAUGCUCGGUCUCUCGUUUGGCGGUCUUGUCGCGUUUUCCUACGCUCUGCAUUACCCAGGCUCUUACCGACACGACGAAACGGAUCCAAAUGAAAUCCCCAUCGACGGUCUCAUAGGUGUCGGACCCAUGGUAGCCUGCAACCGCAAGUAUGUCGUUGUCAGCUACUUCCUCUGCCUCAUCUUCAAGGCACUUAUGUUCGUCUUCAGAUUGGGGCGACUCGAAGUGAUGGUUCCACAUAAAACCGUUGUUGAUAAGGAUCCCAAAGUGUAUGAAUCCUUGAUCAUGCAAGAUCCUCGUUCGCAUCAAGGCUCCUUCCGAAUCGGACAUAUGUGGUGCAUCGAGGUAGCCAUGGAGCAGCUGAGACGUCGGCAGGCAGAGCUCCGUCACCCGAUCUACAUCCAGAUGGGUGGUGAGGAUAAGGUGGCCGAUAACGAGAUUGCACUCGACUGGAUUCGUUCAACCUCAAGCACCGAUAGAAAGUACGAGGUGUACCCCAUCUGCCAGCAUGUGAUCUAUAAAAAGGCCAAGGUUCAGCACGAUGAUCUGGCCGGUAGAAUUAGCGUCAUUGCCGACAAUGUGGCUUGGAUGGUCGAGCGUUCUCCUCCUCCUAUCGCGUUAGACGUUAGUUCCAGGCAAGUAUCAGAGGAGGCGUUGAUCAUGCUACGAAAACGACAGCAGAUGCGUCUCGCCUCGUAUUCUAGUGAUGGAAGCGGAUCCAGCAGUAUCAGCCGACAAACCUCUCACACCUCGUUGUUCGACAUGGAGGAGAACAGCAUCGAUGAUGAUGAUGCCAUAUCGGUCGAGACCAGUGUUCCUAGCACACCGAUCCUCGGCGACUUUGAGGUGUUCGAAGGGCGAACUGGUGUCAACAAGAUGUCCGCUGCUGACGGUCAUCUCCUGCCAGCGGAUCGUCGAGGCUGGAUUCAAGGCGAAGAUGGCGAAGUGAGGAUGUAUAGAGAGUUUUGGACUUUUAGAGAGGACACGCGUCCAUUCUUAUACAAUCCUUACCGGACCACCACUGCAUUUUAG